UAUCCUGUCCUUCACCAGCUGGCCUGGCCUGGGCCCAGCUCUGACCCUGCAGUCUCGCUCCUGCCCGUGUUGGGGGGUAUUAUCAGUCAUUACGGCUCGGAUUCUACCCAUCCCAGUCCUGUUCCCACGAGAUCCCAGGACGCCUGCCUGUUAUUAAGACUGUCACCACGGACCGUAAUAGCCCUGCUUUUGUUUUGAGAGUCUGAUUGUUCCCUUCAUAGGGAACCUUCCGGGCCGUUGCUGUGAGAAGGGGAGAAGCUCUCGCAGGAUUCCACGUAGGUUAGGUUCAUGGCGAGCAUCUCUGCUCGCUCUGACUUCCUGGCUGCCUUGAUGGCAGGCCUAAAGGGAAAUGUAGGGAUUCAGGAGAAGGUGGAGCCACGCCUGGAAACCUUCCAGACAUCUCAGACCUCCAUGUAGGGGGUCUGGAGAGCCGUCUGCUCCAGGGGGCCCCUUCUACCCGACAGAGCAGCGGCCCUCCGACACGUCUCGAAAGGGCGCGUUAAUAAUUACCCAGGAAGCGAUGUAAGGAAUGUGACUUGUGUUCCCUCCCUUCGAUGUUCUGUUCCUGUCGGUGCCGAGCUGUGCUGGUGGACCUGGUUCAAGGUGAACCAAGAGCAAACAGACGGGAGCUGGAGGCCGGAUUAGAACGCUGGUAUGUGGCUGUGUUUGCACUCCCACAGGCCCCUGCCAAGAGUUCCUCAGGGCAUCACCCUGCACUGUAACCAAUGGCAACCUCGGUCCAGACCCUUCCUCUGUCCCGCGAUCCGAGCAAGAGCUUCCACGACCCCUUCCCGAACCCGCCUCUCUCCUCCCGGUGCAGCAUGGGAAGUGUAGGCAGCCUGGUGGAGCGGCCGGACGGCCCCCCGGGCAGAGCGGGCAGCAGGGCGAUGCCCCAGGUUGGGCCCAGGCAGGCCAACGGGCUCCUGAAGAAGGGCUUCACCCAGAGAGAGCUGCUCAACUACCUCAACAUCACCAGGAAGGAGCCUAAAGCGGGGUCCGGCGGGGCCUGUAGGAAGGACAUCCUGUCGGUCAUGGCGUCCGUCACGAGAGAGCGAGACGUCGAGGAGGGCAACAUCUACACCCAGGUGUACCGCAAGGACAGCACAGAGCUGGAGCUGGGGGGGAACUCCCUGCCCACGGGGGGCAAGUACGAGAAGCCUCGCCUGCGGCCGUCCGCGUUCCAGCCCGUCACCCCCAAGAACUUCAGCUCCAUGCAGAACCUGUACCCGUCCUCGCACGCGGACGAGCCCGACCUCGGCCUGUCCAACGGCCUCCACCGGGCCUACGGCCACGCCCCCGGGGCCGCGUCCACCUCCUCCUCGUCCUCCUCCCCCUCCCGCCGCGGAGGGGCCGCCUCCGCUGGACACAAGGUGCUGGCGUCGGUGCGUGGGCUGAGCCAGGAGGAUGAGAACCUGUCGGACUCUGGUCAUAACUCCAUCAACAGCCUCCCGCCGUACCGGCCCCCCUACCGGCCCCCCUACCGCCCCAACCUGUCCCACAUCAGCGCCUCUAUGGGCCACAUCAACACCAUCGGCUCGCUGGAGCGCGGCUCGCCGGGGUCGAGGGCGGCGACGGGCGCGGUCCCGGGGGAGAUGGCCAUGUCGUGUCGCAGCAUGGCCACGCUCAGCCGCCUGGCGCCGUACGGGGGGGAGGCCCCGCCCCCUUACGAGAUGAUGCUCUCGCAGUCGGUGGAGGAGGUGGUGCGCGACCUGGAGGAGCGUCUGGUGGAGAAGGAGCAUGAGCUGAAGCAGGUGAGGAGGAACCUGGACGAGAGCGAGGGCGCCAUAGCACAGGUGUUUGAGGGGAAACAGCGUCUGUGGGAGAAGGAGGUGGAGGAGCUGAAGCUGCUGUACGCCGCCAAGCUGCGCCAGGUUACCCAGCAUGCCCAGCGGUCGCAGCGCAGCCUGCAGCUGCAGCUGUACAAGGCCCAGCAGGAGAAGAGCCGACUGCUGGAGGAGCUGGAGGGCCUCCGCAGGGAGAGCAGCCGCGAGGGGGCCCCCGCCAGGGGCCAGGGGACCAGCCCCACCCUGGAGGAGACCCAGUGGGAGGUGUGUCAGAAGUCGGGGGAGAUCUCUCUCCUGAAGCAGCAGGUGAGGGCCUCCCAGGCGGAGGUCACCGCCAAGCUGAGCGAGGUCUUCCUGCUGAAGACGCAGCUGAGAGAGACGCGGGGCGAGCUGCAGCUGGCCCUGCAGGGGACGCCGCGCGGGGGAGGAGGGGAGGGCUCCUCGGGCGGGGCCACAGUGGGAGGGCCCGCGGGGGGCUCCACCGAGGAGCGCCUGCGUGCCGAGCUCCUGCUGGAGCGCCGUCAGAGCGAGGCCCAGGCCACGGCCUUCGAGGAGGAGAGGAGGACCUGGCAGGAGGAGAAGGAGAAGGUGAUCCGCUACCAGAGGGAGCUGCAGGCCAGCUACCUGGAGAUGCACCAGCGCCACCAGGCCCUGGAGGCCCAGACGCUGGGACUGAGGCCCGGGAGGGGGGGGGAGGGAGGGGGAGCGGGGGAGAGGAGAGGGACGCUGGAGAGAGAGCUGCAGGAGGUGAGGGCUGGGAGGGAGUGGGAGGGGGGAGGAGGAGGGGAGAGAGAGGGAGGAGAGAGGAGAGGGACGCUGGAGAGAGAGCUGCAGGAGGUGAGGGCUGGGAGGGAGGGGGAGGGGGGAGGAGGAGGGGAGAGAGAGGGAGGAGAGAGAAGUGGGACUUUGGAGAGAAAAAUGCAGGAGCCCAGAGCACCCAGGCGAGGAAGAGGAGGAGGCGGACGAGAGGAAGAGGAUAAACCUCCCACUGGCCUGCCGUGGAUAGAAAGGAUUGAGUCCUCUGAGAUCUGACCGUUGGAUCGAUUCCAAACGACCAACUCAUCCUUCACCCUGUCUACUUAACCUGAAAGGAUAGCAAGGCCCCGUUCCAAACCAGACAUGUGCUCCCUCAGCCCCAAUACCCUUGUGAAUAGACAGCAUAGUGCACCACCUAUUAUUCACUGUACGUGCUCCCAGCCAAACACGGACCAGCCAACUCUGAAAUAUUGUAUAAUAAAAAAUGGAACAAACAUUUGCUAAUUAUGAUGUUCUUUUAUGUUUGUACAGAAUAAAACCAAAAUGUUGGAAGUACCACACUGUAAAUACUGUUAUGAAACCUGCUCUGUUGGACUGUGUUCUAGAAGGAUCUGGAGGAAUGGGAUUGAGUCGUGUGUUGUCAUCCUGCCUCAGAGCUGUGUUUCUGGUCCAGAGAGCUGUCUGUCUCCGAGCAGAGAUCACAGAGCUGAUUCUGGGAUUACAGUCCUGCUCAGAGCAUGUUACUUAUGGAUAGCAAACUGUAAUACCAGCAGGAUCAUUUUUUGGACUCAUAUUAUUCCAGUCAUUGAAGUUAUUUAUGCUUCUAAUUUCCAGUAUGCCCUUGUCGCCGUGCUAGGUAAACUCUCUUCAUCUGAAAGAGAUGACCUGUUACAGACCCAUGAUGACUGCUAUAGCACAAAGUUGUAUGGUUGUGGAACUGAAAUUGCCUUUCAAUUUACUGUAAGAUUAUCACCCCAAAGUUGUUUAAUACUGAACAUAUUAUACAGAUCCAGUAUCACGUCUGUGUUUAUUUUGUCUCCCAGUUACUGCAUGAUGUACAUGAGAACUUAAGCUAUCCAAAACUCUCCUGACAGAUCUGUCCUUAUUUUAGCUUUCACCUGUGAUUUUGUAAAUUGUGAUGCGAAUGUUCUAAGAAAAUAAGGUUCUCCUUCUGUCUAUGACUGGUCAUGCUUGGGAACUCAAAUACUAUACUGUGACGUUGUCAAACUACUGAAAUGUACAGUAUGUGUGUAUAUUAUAAUGUGGUCCUGAAUUUCUACAGUAAACAUUUAUGUGUGAAAAACA